UUCAAGAUGAGAUUUAAACUAUCCGAUGGAUUUUCUUCUAUCACAGUUGUCUUAUGCAAGAGCGAUAGCACCCCAACCAAUGAUAAUACCGAGUAUAAGAAGUUUGGAAUAGUCAAAAUCAUAAGGCCAAGAUUGUUGAAGGUUAAUAAGACUAACAUCUUAACUAUCCAGGUCAACCCAGAGAUCAUCUAUGGCUUCUCGUAUAAUAAAAUUGGCACUCCUAUUGAUUAUACCGAGCGAAUUCUCACAGGGAAUUUCCCUGAGACAGUGCCAACUCCUUAUAUUGAUAAGGAUGACAUCAAAGCUCAUAUUAAAGGUGGAAUCAAGUGAAAAAGAAGUCUUAAAGAUGACUGAUACACCCCAAUAAAAGUCCUUAAUACUUAUACUCAUGAUUGGAAGAUCAAAGUCAGGGUUAUCAAGAAGAACAAAAGAUCUUGGACUAAUAUGAAAGGGUCAGGAGUAGUCAUGACUCUUGAUUUGAUUGACUCUGCUAGUAGCCAAAUUCAAGCAAGUUUCUUCAACGAUGCAGUUCUGAAAUUUGAUAACGUGAUUCAAGAAAAUUGUGUUUAUACAAUGACUAAUGGAACAGUCAGACCUGCAAAUAAAAGAUUCACUAGUAUUGAUAAUAACUUCUGCAUCAAUUUUGAGAUUCAUGGCAAGAUCGAAAAAGUAGAAGAUGAAGGAGUCAUUGCAGAUCAGGCAUUCGACUUUAAAACUGCAAAGCAAAUCGCAGAUAUGGAAGACAUCAAGACUAUUGAUUUCAUUGGGGUCGUCCAUCAUGUUACUCCUAUUGUGACUAUCAACACUAAGAAUGGUGAGCGGAAGGAGAAAAGAACAAUCUCAAUGGCAGAUGACUCAGGAAUGUCCAUCAACUUGAGCAUUUGGGGAGAUCAGACCACUAUGAUAGAUUUUGAGCAAAAUCCUCACCCAGUUAUUGCUAUUAAAGGAGUUAAAAUCAGUCUUUAUGGAGGCAAAUCUUUGAAUCUGAUCAGAGAAAGCACUGUCUCUAUAGACCCACAAAUAAAGGAAACUGAGAGAUUAAAGGAAUGGUAUAAAACUUUUAUCGAGAAAGAGAGUAAUCAACUAGUCGGACUGAGUUUUGACUCCCCAGGAUCUAGUCUUGACCAGGCUCAAGCUACAGAAAGGCUCUUGAUAGAGUCAGAUGAAUUUCUACAUGAACAGUUUAGCAAGGCGCCUGAUAAAUGCUGAUACUUCUGUGUGAAUGGAUAUAUUAACAACAUUAAAUCUGAUGAGAAGUGAAUAUACAUGGCUUGUCCUGAUGAAACAUGCUCUAAGAAGGUAUAUUACCAGCAUGAUAUUCAAAGAUACAGAUGAGAUACUUGAAAUUUAGAUUAUGAAGAAGCUAAACCCAAGUUUAUGCUAAUGGUACGGUUUUCAGAUUUCACAAAUACAUGAUAUACCUUCUUCUACAAGGACACUGCUCCUCUCAUCAUGGAUUGUACUCCUGAUGUGCUAAAAGAAUUCAAGAAUCAAGGGGACAAUCAAUCUUAUUCAGAUGCGUUCACAAGGCAGCAAUAUAAGAAGUACAAGUUACUUAUGCGAGCUAGAAUAGCUACUUAUGCAGGAGGAACAAAGGUUACAUACUCUGCUGCUAAAGUCAUGGACUACAACUUUAAGAACGAAAAUCAUAGUUUGCUUGAAAGACUUGCUCUUUACGAUAAGAAGCAGACAACACCUGAGCAGGAUAUGAUGAUGUAUAAUAUGGAGCAGGAAGCCAAUUUUUAUGGAAAUGGAGGCAUCAAUAAUUUCUUUGGAAAUACUCCAACCGGCUUUAGCCGUCCUAACAACAUGUUUUAACGAUGAAUUAAUUAGAUUAAAGUUUCAAUAAA